AUGAUGGCUCGCCUUCUCUCCCUCUUGGCCCUCGUCAACACGGCGAUCGGCUCUUCUAUCCUGUUCGAAGGUGGUACCAUCAUCUCGUGGGAUGACGCCUCCUCCUCCACAACCAUUACUCGCAAUGCCUCCCUCCUGAUCACCAACGACACAAUCACGGGCAUCUACGCCGCCGGCGAGUCUGUUCCUCGGCCAUCGGGUAACGACACCCAAAUCAUUGACGCCACGGACAAGAUCCUGACGCCAGGCUUCAUCGACACGCACCGUCACGGCUGGCAGACAGCCUACCGAACCCUCGGCUCCAACACCAGCCUGUGGGAAUACUUUGGCCGUUACGGCGAGUAUGCCGCGGCCGGUCGCUACACAGCUGACGACGUCUACCUGAGCCAGCUGACCGGUUUGUACGAGGCCAUCAAUGCCGGCGUGACAACGACGCUCGAUCACGCGUCGCACACGUGGUCGAACGAGACGGCCGAGGCGGGCCUGCGCGCCAGCGUCGACAGCGGUGCGCGUGUCUUCUGGGCGUACGCCAUCCGUGACAUCACCAACUUUACCAUUGCCGAGCAGAUCAGUAACUUCAGGGACAUGGCCAGGGCGGCCAUCUACGAGGGCACGCCGACGAGCCUGGGCAUCGCCCAUGACACGUUCAGCAGCGAUGCCGAAGGCGCAGUGGCCGUCGUGGCCUUGGCCAAGGAGCUCAACGUCUCCGUCAUCACCACCCACCUCCUCGAGGGUCCCUGGGGCUUCUCCAACUCGCCCGAGCUGCUGCAGUCGCUCGACAUCCUCAACACAUCCAUCCCCGUCGUCUUCUCGCACGCCUCGUUCCUCGGCUUCACCGCGCACGAGCUGCUCAAGGCGACGGACCAGCACAUCUCCAUCACGCCCGAGUCGGAGCUACACUACGGCCACCUGCACCCGACGUCGCACCUGCUCCUCGACCAGGCGUCGCUGGGCGUCGACACGCACUUCACCUUCAGCACCGACAUCCUGACACAGGCGCGGCUGUGGCUGCAGCGGGUGCGCGCCCUCUUCUACGCGCAGGGCCUUGACGCCUGGAAGAUCCCCGUCAACAACCCCAUGUCGGCGGGCCAGGCCUUUAUGCUGGCGACGGCGGGCGGCGCGCGCGCGCUGCGCCGGCGCGACCUCGGCGUGCUCGCGGCCGGCGCCAAGGCCGACACGCGCUUCCUCGCCAGCGCCCGCCGCAUCCAGCGCGUCCUCAAGGAGACGCCGCUGCCGGCGCCCACCGGCGUCUUCAUGUCCGGCGCCGAGCUGACGCGCGUGCAGGAGGCCGACGUCGUGCCCGGCAACGGUACGGGGUACUAG